AUGGAAAAAGAGGAAGAAAAUAUGAAUGAUGGUUUAAGGCUUGAAAAGAAAGGGGAAAUUUUAAAGAGUGAAAAUAUUAUGAAAAUUAUGAAUAACCCCAUGACAUAUGUAAUAGAAUCAAUAAAAUAUAAAUCUGUUUUCGAUAUAAAAAAAGAUCUGAUAUUUAUGAAGAAUGUUAUUCACAAUGAUAUAAUAAAAAUAUUGAAUAAGAAUUCCAAAGAAUUUAUGUCUUUACCUGCAAAUUUGAAUUAUAUUGAAAAUAUGAUUCCAAUAUUAGAUAAAGAGAUCAAAAUAUCAAAAAGGUUUGUAAAAAAGUUAUUAAAUGAAAUUAAUAAUAUAAAUAAAAGCAUAAAUGAAAUAUUAAUAGAUAAAAUAAAUAUAUUUUAUAUAAAAAAUAUUUUAAAAGUAAAUAUAGAUAUAUAUGAUUUAAUAAAUAAGAUAGAAAAAGAAUUAAAAAAAUAUGAAAAAUCAGAAUGUUAUAAUAUAUUAAUAGAUAUUCAAAAAAAAAUGUAUUCAUAUAAUUAUGAAAUGAAUAAUAUAUUAUCAUCUACUAAUACUUGUUCAUUUUUAAUUGAAGAUGAUAUAUAUAAAAAUAAUAUUUAUUUUUUAUAUGAUUUAGCUAAAAGAUUAAUAAAUAUAUCUACAUGUAUAUGGAAUAUUAAAGCUAUGAUGUAUAAUAAUUAUAAAAGAAUAAAAACUAUAUCAGACAAAUUACAACAUUUUUAUAAUCUUCUUAAUAAAUAUGGUAUAGAAGCCAAAUGUGAAGAACAAACCAUACUUGUUACUAUGAAUAAAUAUUCUUUUGAAAAUUUAAAUGAAAAAUUAAAAAAUGUAAUAGAUCAGGUGGAAAAAAAAAUAAACGAGUUAUCUUAUAUUUUUUUAAAAUUGUUAAAAAAUGGAUUCAUACAAAAUAUUAAUGAGAAUAAUAUAUUAAACCAGUCAUUAAAUUAUAUAUUAAAUUCUUGUUAUUUGAUAAAUUAUUUUAAAGUCUUUAUAGUGCAUUUCCAGGAGGUCUAUAUAAAUUACAUAGAAUAUGAACCUUUUGAUACGUAUGAGGAUUUCCUUCUUUAUGUCAAAGAAAAAAUAUUAGAAAAUAAAAAUGUUCAAGAAAUAUGCAAAAGAAUAAAUGAAAUAGAUGAUGGUGUGUUAUUUUGUGCAUAUGGCAUUUUAGAGAGAAUAUUAGAAAUAAUAAAAAAUAAAUUCGGUGAUAUAUUUAUGUUAAGGUACUCUGAUAUAUUCAUGGAACGAUAUAUAAAGACAACUUAUCUUUUUAAUGAUAUAAAAAAGUUAUUAGUAAGAAAAAGCAAGUAUGAAUUAUUUAUAUUGGAUGAGAAGAUGAAAAAGUUUUUAAAAACUUUUGAAAGAGAUGGAUAUGUACAAUAUGUUUUAAACUUAUUAGAAAAUAAAAUGAAUGAUAAUUAUAAAAAUGUAAUUUUAUUUGAUAAGAAAUAUAUAUUUGAAAAUAAUUUUUAUUGGUUAAAAGAAACUAUAAAUUUAAUAAAAAUUUUUAAGAUAUUAUUUACAAGUAAAUAUUAUAUCCCAGAUUGUUUAGCAAAUUAUUUAUCUUUUAUAUUUAAGCAUUUUAAAAAUUAUAUUACUAAUGUAGAAACAUUUUUAUUAUUUCUAGAAGAAAAUGAAGAAAUCAAAAUAUCAAUUGUAGACAAAAAAAAAAUAAAUAAGUUUCAAUGGAGUCCAACCUUGGGUUAUAAUACUAUAGGUUUUUUUAUAUCUGAUUUUUUGUCAUUAAGAAAAAUUUUUAAAACUAGUAAAAAUAUAUAUUCAUAUAUUAAGAACGAUGGACAAGUUAUACUCCCGAAUAAUAUUGGUGAUGUAUCUAAAUGGAUGUUUACAAAAAUAUUGAAUAAUUUUAUUAAUCAAACAACUUUAGAAGAAAAAAAUGCACACAUGGGAUAUGAUAAAAAAAAUAUUUAUGUAAAUAAUAAUAGUUCAUCUAAUAUUAACGAUGAUCUUAUAACUUCAUCUUCUGAAGAAGAUGAAAAUAAUAUGAAUAUUAUGAAUAUGCAAUCUAAAAAUAUGAUUAGUUCAAAUAUCCAUAAUGAUGAUAAAAUUAAAUUAGAUUAUGCCCAUUUAGAUGAUAAACAAAUUAGUGAACACGACAUAAAAUAUAGAUAUAAUGCAAACAAAUCAGAUGAUACUAAAAAUAAUGAAAGAGAUAUUUAUGCAGACAACAACGAUAUGCAUAAUAAUUUAGAUGUAUUAUUAAAUAAUGAGAACAAAAAUUAUAAUCAAAAUAUAGAUCAUGUAGAUAUAUUAUAUAAAAUAGGGAAUGAAAAUAAAAAUAUUCUAAGAGAAAGAAAAAAAAAAAAAAAUCAAACAUUGUAUUUUUAUGAAAAAAAUAAUAAAAAAAAAAUUAUUCAUCAUAUUCGUUGCAUAAAUGGGUUUUUAAAAACAUUAACCAAAAUUGUUAUCAAUACACAAAAAAUAUUUGAAGAUUUUUUUAUAAAUAAAAUGUUUGAAAUUUGUUCGAGUUUUUUGAUAUACUUGCAUUCUCUCUUGACUGUGCAUAAAAUGACAAGCAAGCGAAUUCCUGAAAAACCAAGUGAACAGGUGGAAAAAAUUGUACUACCCCUAAUUUCGUUCAAAACAUUUUAUCAGGACAUAAUAGCAGAUAUUAUUAUAGAAGACAUAAUUACAAAAAUUGUUGAUAAAAUAAGCGAGUAUUAUCUUAACGAGAUCAAAAAUGUAAUCGACGCAAAGAUUUGUGAACAAAAUAAGAGAAGCCUGAAAUUUAAUUUAAUAGAAACAUUUUUAAAGAAGGACGAUGUGCCGUAUGAGGAAAAAAUACAACAACAAAUAUAUUUGGAUGUAUGUCAAUAUGAGAAAUUAUGUGAUGAGAAUUUUAUGAUAAACAAAAAUACCAACAUUAAUAUGAGGGCCUUAAUAAAUCACUGCAAAAUGGAAAAUAAAAAGAUUAAAGGGUAA